GAGGAGGUCCGUCUAAUGCAAUCAUCGAUCAUUACACCGUAAUUCAAUCAUCGGAUCCCUAAUUCGUUCUGCCGUGAAUGCCAAUUCAAUCGUCGGAUCCCCAAUUCAUUCUGCUGCGAAUCCCAAUUCUAUCAUCGGAUCUCCAUUUCAAUAUGCUGUGAAUUCUGAUUCAAUCAUGGGCGAUGGAUCCAUCUCCGCGCGCUGUUUGAUCCCCACCCAAUUCGAGCAUCGUCUCCGCCCGUCCGAUCUGUUUCUGCGCGUUAGCUUCCAGUUCGCCGCCAUAUAAGUAAGAAUUGCUUACCAAUUCCAUUUUGGUACAAUUUGUUUGAUGCGGGACGCUUGCUGCUUCUGGGCUUUGCUAAUGCUUUGUCUCUAGAUGAAGAUAAAACAGUCAUGGCGCUGCAUGAAAGGUAUGCAGAUGUUCUCUGUCCCUCGCCAGCGCCCCCAUUUGAAGAAGCCGACAUGGAUAAUUGUUCUGGUCUCGUUAGUUAGCUUUUUCUUGGUCUGUGCUUAUGUCUACCCUGCAACGAAUUCCGCCUCUUGUUUUUUGUUCUCCUCUCGUGGCUGCAAGAACCAUUUUGACUGGCUUCCCUCUGAUCCUGCUAGAGAAUUAUCAGAUGAAGAGAUAGCUUCUCAUGUUGUAAUUAGAGAUAUUUUGGAUACACCCGCAGUUAUACCAAAAAUCCCAAAGAUCGCAUUUCUAUUUUUAACACCUGGUGCUCUACCAUUUGAGAAGCUAUGGGACAUAUUCUUUCAGGGACAUGAAGGUAAAUUCAGUGUCUAUGUUCAUGCAUCCAAGGAGAGGCCAGUUCAUUUUAGCCGUUACUUUGUAGGUCGGGAGAUCCGUAGUGCCAAGGUAUCAUGGGGGACAAUUUCAAUGGUUGAUGCUGAGAGGCGGCUUUUAGCUAGUGCACUCAAAGAUUUUGACAAUUUACACUUUGUUUUACUCUCUGACAGCUGUGUGCCAUUGCAUGGUUUUGAUUAUGUGUACAACUAUCUGAUGAACACAAACAUCAGUUUUGUAGACAGUUUUGUGGAUCCUGGCCCCCAUGGAAAUGGCCGGUAUUCUGAACGCAUGCUACCUGAAGUUGAAAAGAAAGACUUUCGAAAGGGUGCACAGUGGUUCACAAUGAAGCGGCGACAUGCUCUUGUAGUUAUGGCUGAUAAUCUUUAUUAUUCAAAGUUCCGUGAUUACUGUAAGCCAAACAUGGGUGGACUUCACUGCUAUUCUGAUGAGCACUAUUUGCCAACCUUUUUUCAUAUGCAUGAUCCGUAUGGAGUUGCAAAUUGGUCUGUUACCCACGUUGAUUGGUCUGAAGGGAAAUGGCACCCGAAAUCUUACAACCAUCAUGAUAUUACUGAUGCACUCUUGAGAAACAUCACAUCUAUUACUCAGAGCGUACACGUGACAAGUGUGGCACAGAAACAGGUUCAGAUUAAGCCAUGCCUAUGGAAUGGAAUGGAGAGGCCUUGUUACUUGUUUGCAAGGAAGUUCUUGCCUGAGACUCUUGAUAACCUGUUGAGGCUUUUCCCCAAUUACACGUCAAGUCGUUUGGAAUGGUAGCUCCCCCACACCAAUUCUUAGGUCGAUCGAAACUCGACUCUAUUCAUGGCAUCAUGGUGUGCUCCGGUCGGGCAUCUGCGGUGUUCCCUUUGUUUUUUAUUACUUUUGAUCCAUUUAUAGUGGCGUUUUUACUGCCACGGAUGAGUUGGAAUGAUUGAAUCUUUUUGUAAAGGAAGGUGAAAGAGUUACGGGCAGCCUCGGCUAUUAUUAUACGGUAGCGCUGUGUAUCACUGAAGUUCAACCGUUGCAGAAUUUGCAGAUAUAUAACACCAACACUGAACACUUUUUUAUGUCAAGAACCCACAUAUGGCAUGUCCAUAUAUCUGUCUUUUUUUGUGAAUUUUCGAUGUCCAUAUAUCUGGUUUUUUUGUGAACUUUCGGGACGAUCAGGAAUUCGAUUCUAGUUUUCAUCAUGUAUGUGUUUUGUGAAAAAAGAAAAUUUAUGGUAGCGU